AGAUUGCAGGCUUGGGCAGGAUAAGAUGCAGUAAGAGGAAGGAGGCAGAAGAAGAGGAGGAGGAGGAGGAGGAUGGAGAGAUGAGAAGCGGGUGGGAUGCUCCUGCGUAACGCGAGCGCUGUCCGUCCUUGAGCGCACAUGCAGAACGGAAACUAACCCGAAACAUUAAGCUGAACAGUAUUUAAAACAAACAAACAACACCACUAAUAAACAUACACACAGAGAUAAAUAAAUAUUCCAUGGAAGAGGAUUCUGUGGCGCAUAUUUGCGCAGAGAAUUGCACUGCGUCGUGGUGAAGUGCUCCAGGGAAGGGAUUACGCAUGAUCUGAAGUUCAUCCUGAUGAAAGAAGAGGAGAUGUCUUGGUUUCAAUCCGAGCUGAAAUCGUGGAACAGAGAUCAUGUCCCAGGAAAGAAAGUGGAACUGAAGCAGAUCAAGUGGUGCUCGGAGAUCUGACGGACAUCUCCUUCGACAGAAAUUUAACAGUGUGAGCAUGAAAACUAUAUUAUGGACUGUGAAGAUGAUUCCUGAUUCCUGGCGAAAUUCCUAUUAGUCGGCUGCAGCAAACCUUUCACAGUAAAUGGACCUGCCGCACAUCCAGUUUCCAUCAACGGGACGCCUUGUUUAGAGUCGAGAAAAGUGACAAGAGACGAGAUCCUGAGUAAGCAAAGCACAAUGCACAGUUUUUUAAAAAAGAAAUGGCAUGAUAUAUGUCGUAUUUAUUCUGGAAAGCAUAAAUAAAGAAAGCCAUAUGGACUUUAAACAGGACAAGAGAUGUCUUCAGCAGAUGUUGGAUUCCUGAGGCAAAUUUUGAGGAAGUAAACUUUUAACUUUUCGAUCUUAGAAGUGACUUUUAGAUCCUGAAUCGGAAGAAACUCCGAAACCAACCCCUACCCCACCCAGUUUUCUUAAAUGAUAGACUUUGUUUAGAGAGGAGAAAAGUGAAUACACAGUGGAUGAUUGACCAGCUAAUGAACUAUGAAAGAUUUCUGGUGUCGAUGCUGACAGGCUCCACCCCUUUCACCUGCUCACCCCGCCCCAUACUCCCAGUCCUGGUCCAUCCUAGCGCUCCACACCAUGCUCCUCCGGGUCUGCCUGUUCCUGCACUGUGUGCUCAUCGCUGUGGGCCAGUAUGACAUCUGUAAGUCGCUGGUGAGCACGGAUGACGGGCCCACGUGGGAGUAUUAUGCGUGUCAGCCCCGACCCACUACCAUGAAGGACUUCAUGCAGAUCCGAGUGGAACCACCAGACAUCACAUGCGGAGACCCACCUGAGCGCUUCUGCACCCUGGAAAAUCCAUACCUGUGUAGCGAUGAAUGUGACGCAUCCACUCCGGACCUGGCCCACCCUCCGCAGCUGAUGCAGGACCGUGAGAGCACUGGCCUCAUCACCUACUGGCAGACGGUAACAUGGAGCCGCUUCCCAGAACCACUGCUGGCCAACAUCACACUGUCAUGGAACAAGAGCCUGGAGGUGAUGGAUGACAUCGAGAUCACCUUUGAAUACGGCCGACCCACCAUCAUGGUGCUGGAGAAGUCGAUGGACAAAGGGCGAACCUGGCAUCCAUACCAGUUCUACGCUGACGACUGCAUGGAAGCGUUUGGUAUGCCACCCAAGAGAGUGGACAAUCUUUCAGCAACCAAUGCGACUCGAGUUAUCUGCACUGAGCAGUACUCACGCUGGGUGGGCUCCAAGAAUGAGAAGAUUGUGCGCUUUGAGGUUAGGGACCGCUUUGCCAUUUUUGCAGGGCCCAGGUUGCUCAACAUGGACAACCUUUACACACGCAUGGAGAGCAUGAAAGGUUUGAGAGAUUUCUUCACGUUCACUGACUUGAAGCUACGGCUGCUGAGACCUGCACUAGGAGGAACGUACGUGCAGAGGGACAACCUACUCAAGUACUUCUACGCCAUCUCUAAUAUUGAGGUUCUCGCCAGGUGUAAGUGUAACCUUCACGCAGGACAGUGCACAUUCCGUGAUGGCAGCCUCCAGUGUGAUUGUGAGCACAACACCACGGGGCAGGACUGCGCUCGCUGUGAACGAGGCUUCAAGGCCAAGUCGUGGAAGCCCGGCUCAUACCUGCCUACUCCCAAUGGAUCACCCAACACCUGUGAGGCAGCAGGAACUCUCGGCAAUUGCGAGUGCUACGGUCACUCAAACCGCUGCAGCUAUAUUGACUUUAUCAACAUUGUAACUUGUGUAAGCUGCAAACACAACACGAGAGGGCAGAACUGCCAGCACUGUCGCCUUGGAUACUUCAGGAACGCUUCAGCCGAGCUGGAUGAUGAGAACGUUUGUAUCGAGUGUAACUGCAAUCAACUGGGCUCCUUACAUGCUCGCUGCAAUGAGACGGGUUACUGUCAGUGUCGAGAAGGCACCACGGGCCAGAAGUGCGAAGACUGUCUGCCUGGAUACAACUGGAAACAAGGCUGUGUCCAGAACGUCUGCGAUGACGAGUUCCUGCUCUGUCUGAACGGUGGGACGUGUUUUCAGAAUCAGAAGUGCAUUUGUCCACCUGACUUCAAGGGUGUCUUGUGUGAGCAGGCACGCUGCGAUGGUGAGAAAGGCUGCAACAGUGGUCCUACGUGCUACCUCAGCCUCCUGACUGUGCUGCUCUGCAUCCUCGCCAACAGCGUGCUCAAAGCCAGUGCCUAGUGCUCUAGUGCUCGCCUCGGUCCUAAACCUCGGCCCUAAGCCUCAGUCCCGCUCUGUCAGCUUGCCUCGGACUGAACCAUGCGGACAGAGGAGGGGUCGCUGCAGACCCUGCUGCCCUGAGCAGGCCUCAUAGUGCUGAGAUCUUCUGGGCCGGAGUGUGUUUUUAGGGCAGCACGCAGUCCCAGGUUAUAGUCACACAGAUGAGAAGCUGCUUGCUCAUCUCCUUGCAUCCCUGAACGCCUGAGCAGAGAGAAGUAUGAACUCUGAAACAAAACGAAAUAAGAAACAGCCAACUACUCAAAAGAAAAGUGUAUAUACAUAGAAGAUGCAUAUAUAACUAUUGUUUUUUUUCUUUGUUUGUCACUCUUGUAGUUGUGAGUUGUCACUAAGCUCACUGAGAUUCACGCACUGCACUUAUCUGGGGUUUCGGAACAGCGGUGUUUAUUACACAAGCCUUCUCAGGCCAAGGUUAUUUCCACUUCUUCAGAAAAUUCCUUUAUAAAAUACUUUCUGCAUUUUUCUUUGGUGUCUGUUUUCACUCAGUUGACCUAAAGACACAUGAUGAAAAGGUGUUAAGUGUCUGUGCUGCUAAAGGAGGGACUAUCGGUGUAGUUUGUGUUCCAGAUUAUCUUUAUGUACGGAAUCCAGAAGGAGGUAAGUAUAUAUAUAUCAGCCAUAACAUUUUAACCAC